CUAGCUAUUGAACCAAGGUAUCGUUAUAGAUAUGACUAUUUUUAUUUUUUUACUUUUGAUUCAUGAUUUUGUUUUAAUAUAUUCGUCGGUUUUUAUUUGUUGAAAUAUGACAUUACAUUAGCGUUAUAGGAGGACCACAAUUUUUUGAUUUGAAAGAUAAACGCAAUAAUAAUUCAGCAGUGUGAAGAAAUCUUGAUUUGGUUCAUAUAAUUACUUUUCAAGAAAGUUGAAAAUGUUUAGAGAUAUUGUUUUUGUGUUUGUAAAAUAAAGCACUUUUGAGUGAGCAACCAAUGAGAAAAGAGAAUGCUAUUUAUAUAGUUGUUUGCUAUAAUUGAAUGGUGUUUAGAAUCUCCAAAAUUGCACGAGAUGAAAACGAACUUUUUUUGUCACAAUAUAUGCCAAGUGGUGGAUCCGGCGUGAGUUACACGCGCCGCCAUUGAGAUUAGGACAGCCACCAAACUCUUCCUCAUAAGAAGACAUAAAUUCCCCCACACUUGUGGGGACAGUAACUCAAAUCUUUCGACGGUUCUGUCCUCCUGUUUCUUAAGUUAAUUUCAAUGCAUGCCACCGACAUAAAACGCCACCGUUUAUAUUGUUUGUUCUAGGUUCAAUGGAUUGCAGUUUUUGAAGAAAAACAAAGGGAAGAAGAUUAUGUUUGUUGGUGAUUCUCUUAGUCUAAAUCAAUGGCAAUCGUUGGCAUGUAUGCUUCAUUCCUCUGUUCCAAAUUCUACGUAUACUUUAACCACACAAGGUAGUAUAUCAACCUACACAUUCAAGGAGUAUGGACUGGAAUUGAAGCUUGAUAGGAAUGUUUAUCUAGUAGAUAUAGUUAGGGAGAAGAUUGGGAGAGUUUUGAAGCUUGAUUCGAUCAAUGAUGGAAAAAAUUGGGUAGAGAUGGAUACAUUGAUUUUUAAUACUUGGCAUUGGUGGAGUCGGAGAGGUCCUGCACAACCAUGGGAUUUGAUUCAAAUAGGGACUAACGUUACAAAAGACAUGGACCGUGUGGCCGCGUUUGAAAUUGCGCUUGGGACUUGGGGGAAAUGGGUCGAUACCGUCUUAAAUACUAAGAAAACUAGAGUCUUUUUUCAAGGAAUUUCUCCAUCUCAUUACAAAGGAGUUCUGUGGGGCGAACCAGCGGCAAAGAGUUGCGUGGGACAGAAGGAACCACUUUUGGGGACAAAAUAUCCAGGAGGAUUGCCAGCAGAAGUGGGAGUUUUGAAGAGAGCACUCGGGAAAAUAUCGAAACCGGUGACAUUGCUAGACAUUACGAUGCUUUCGUUGCUUCGCAAAGAUGCUCAUCCUUCGGUUUACGGUCUAGGCGGGCGAAACUCCUCCGGUGACUGCAGCCACUGGUGUCUCUCUGGGGUACCGGAUACUUGGAAUGAGAUUCUUUACAAUUAUAUGGUUGAGUAAAAGAAAUAAAAUACGGAAACAUCAAUUAUAGCAUUUGUUAUUGUGAUUGAUCAUUUAAAUCUGAAUAAAAGGUCCGUUUCUG